AUGGAAAGCGCAUCAGAGCUUGUGGAAUUCCCGUUGUUGCUGACACCCAUCGAUUCCCACUACAGAGCAUGCACCAUUCCCUACAGAUUCCCCUCCGAUAACCCCCGCAAGCCCACUCCCACCGAAAUCUCUUGGAUUGAUCUCUUCCUCAACUCCAUCCCCUCUUUCAAGAAACGAGCAGAGAGUGAUACUUCUGUUCCUGAUGCUGCUAGUAAAGCUGAAAAAUUUGCUCAAAGAUAUGCUGACAUACUUGAAGAUUUGAAGAAAGAUCCUGAAAGUCACGGUGGGCCUCCUGAUUGCAUUCUUCUCUGCCGGCUUCGUGAGCUAGUGCUUAGAGAAUUGGGAUUCAGAGAUAUCUUCAAAAAAGUCAAGGAUGAAGAAAAUGCAAAAGCCAUCUCACUAUUUGAGAAUGUUGUUCAACUUAAUGAUGCCAUUGAAGAUGAAGGCAAGCGACUUGAGAAUCUUGUUAGAGGAAUUUUUGCUGGAAAUAUAUUUGAUCUUGGUUCUGCACAGCUUGCAGAGGUUUUCUCUAAGGAUGGAAUGUCCUUUUUGGCUAGUUGCCAAAAUCUGGUUCCUCGACCAUGGGUUAUUGAUGAUCUUGAAACUUUUAAAAUGAAAUGGAGCAAAAAGUCAUGGAAGAAGGUUAUCAUAUUUGUAGAUAACUCUGGUGCAGACAUUAUUUUGGGUAUUAUGCCAUUUGCAAGAGAGCUACUUCGGCGUGGGAGUCAGGUUGUAUUGGCUGCUAAUGACUUACCAUCCAUCAAUGAUGUGACUUGUUCUGAGCUAGUCGAAAUUAUAUCAAAGUUAAAGGAUGAAAAAGGACAGCUUGUGGGUGUCAGUACUUCAAAUCUUUUAAUUGCUAACUCUGGCAAUGAUUUACCUGUUAUUGAUCUUACAAGAGUGUCACAGGAGCUUGCUUACCUUGCCAGUGAUGCGGAUCUUGUCAUCUUAGAAGGGAUGGGCCGUGGAAUAGAAACAAAUCUCUAUGCUCAAUUUAAAUGUGAUUCCCUUAAGAUUGGAAUGGUCAAACAUCCUGAGGUUGCACAAUUUCUUGGGGGACGUUUAUAUGACUGCGUAUUCAAAUACAAUGAAGUUUCAUGUUAA